UCAAACCAAGUACAAGACCAAUUACAAAAGAAAAAAAAAAGAAGAUUUUUUUUAAAAGAUGGCGAAAAGCAGAUCUUUGCUAGUCCUGAUUCUCCUUUUCAUCUCCGUCUCUCUAUCGACGGCUAGGAACUUACCAGGAGAGUUUCUUCCGGUAAUCAAUAACGUCAUCUUCUCCGGAGAGCUCUCUCCUGAUUCGAGAUCGGUGGUUGGUUGCGGAGGCGAGGCGCCGGAGAGAAAGACGGAAUAUUCUUAUAUUCCUGAAGUCGUCACCGGAAAAUUCGGCUCAUUGGUGUUGAAUGCUCUACCGAAAGGGAGACUUCCGGCAUCUGGGCCCAGCAAGAAAACUCAUGACGUCAAUACUUAGAAGAACUGUUCGUGUUCUUUGUCUGAUCUUGCUGAUUUUUCUGUCCGAAUUCUAUUUUUUUUUUUUUUUUUUUAAGUAGAGAUUCUUUGAUUAUACUCCCUUUUGGAUAGAAGACCUUGUACAUGUUAAUUAAAAUUACAGAAAUUAGAGUAUAAUUUUAGAAAAUUUAGAUUCUGUUUGGUCUUUUUGAAUUGAAAUGAUCAAUGAUGUCAGAUUCUAAUCAUGUAUGGAAUGAUGAGUUAUUAAUCAGCUUU